AUGGGGCCGGGGUGGCUGCCGCCCGGGCUGGUCCUGCUGCUGGUGCCGGCUGUGGGGUCCCAGCCGGGGGGGCAGCUCCCCAGGGAGUCCCAGAACCUCAACUGGAACAAGUUUUCAGGGUUCUGGUACAUUCUGGCCAUCGCCUCUGACACCCAGGGGUUCCUGCCGGGCAGAGAGCAGAGGAAGCUGGGGGCGUCUGUGGUGCAGGUUCACGCCGUGGGCCGGCUGAAGGUGGUGCUCGCCUUCAACAGCGCACAGGGCUGCCGCUCGCACACGCUCAUCCUGAGGAAGGACGGGAAGAAGGCCGUGUUCAGGAACACCCUGAAGGGUGUGCAGGGCUUCCGUGUGCUGUCCACCGACUACAGCUACGGCGUGGUCCACAUGCGUCUGGGGCGGGCCGGCCGGGCCUCCACCACCCUGCUGCUCCUCAGCAGGCAGAACGUGUCCAGCUUCCCGAGCGUGCGGAAGUUCAUAGACAUCUGCGAGAUUCUGGAGCUCACGACGGGGGCAGCCAUCCUCCCGAAAGACGCCUCCUGUGCGCACACCAUCCUGCCGUGA